AUGGUGAUUGCCCAGCAUCUCCGAGGAUGGAAGAAACUUGCACGUGGUGAAGUACUGGCGGGCACUAAUCCUUCUUGGACUGGAGGUGCCCAUGAGGAAUUUACAUUGGAAGGCUUCUACAAGUGCCUUAUCAGAUGGAUCAUUGUCGAUGACCAGUCAAUCAAUGUCAUCGACUCACGAGAACUUCACAAUCUUUUGACCUACAUCAGCUACGAGCUCAUGGAUGAUGACAUUCCCCAUCGCUCAACUCUCAUGAAUUUAAUAAUUCAGCACUUUUUCAAGGAGUACGGGAAAGUUCUCCUUGAAAUCAAGGAUGCAGCAGGGCGUGUUUCCUACACGGCUGAUGCUUGGUCACACAACGAUCUAUCUAGCUUCCUUGCUAUCACUGCCCAUUACAUGUACAUCACGCCUGAAGGUCACCUGGUGCUCCGCAAUCGCCUCAUCACAUUUCAUCAUCUUGAAGGCAGUCAUGACGGCAAGAAUCUUGCAGAUGUCUUCUUCCAUGUACUCCAGGAGGUUUCUGGCCUCGAUUGUAUUGGAAUGAUCACCCUCAAUAAUGCAGGGAAUAAUGACACCAUGAUGAAAGGGCUCGAAACUCGUCUCCGUGCAUGA